AUGGUGUCGAAUGGCUCCAUGCACGACGACGACGACGAUGACGACUUGCUACUGUCGGAUGACGCGGAGGAUAGUAGCGAGUCUGGUAAGGGCUGCUUUAAGUCCCAUUGCAUGCCGGCGACUCGUCGAACGACGUCUGCGACGAUCAGAUUGCAUGAAAGAGUGCGCCGUACUGCCAGCGCGGCGACCACCGCCAGAAAGCCAAUCGCCGAAGGUGGUCGUCACGGCGCCGCCGCAAAGUCGGGCGGAGACGGCGCUGCGGCGCCGACGUCGGAUCGCGAGCCGCUGGUGGCCUUGGGGAAGCGGCGGAAGAGCGGUCGGUCGGCGACGUUAAUGCGGCGGAUUAUCCGCAGCGUACGCAAAAGCGAGUACACCGUUGACUUGGAGGAAGACAAUGAUGGCGACGCGGCAGAACUGCGGGGCUGCGGCGGCGCGGCGCGCGGAGGGAAACAGCGCCGUUUUCACUUGAGCCCCUCGUGGAGGCCGCUGUUCGUCGUCGUGUGGGCAGUUGUGACUCUAGCGGUGGCGACUGGCGUGUUCGUGGCUACGUAUAACACGUUUGAGCACGAGCGGCAGGAGGAGGUGGAGAUGGAGUGCGAGGCGUGGCGCGUGCUACUGGAAGAGCAUUUCACGGACACCACGAAUCAGAUCCGUCUGCUCGCCAAUCUCGUCUCCACCUUCCACUUCCGCAAGCCCAAAGGCACGCUCGACCGGCGCACCUUUCUGUCGUUUUUGAACGAAACUACAGACGGCGCGGGGUGCGCGCCGCAGAGCACCGAGUACGCACCCAUCAUCUACACCACGUCCGCGCAACUCCCCGCCGGUCAAGACCUCAUGUGGUCUGCCGACGCGACGGGUUUGAGCGCGGUGGAGCACGCGAGGGACAACGGCACCAUGGGCGCGCUCACGGCGCCGCUGCGCAACGCCAACCCCGACGCGACCGCGGACGAAGUGGCUGCGGCGGCGGCGGCGGAGGAGGCGGUGGAGCGCGAGAAUCACUGGGUGGAAGCGUGGGGGGCCGCGGCGGACGGCACGGCGCUGCUGCGCGUGUACCCCGUGUACAAGGAGGGGCGCGCGCCGCCGGGGGAGGAGCGGGCGAACGUGACGGCCAUGAGGAACGCGUGCCGCGGAUACAUGUCCGCGCUUGUGGACUUCACUUCGCUUCGCCUGGAGCGCGACUUCCUGCGCAUGCAGCUGCUCAAGAACAAGAUGAAGGCCGCACGCAACGUCGCCGAGCGCGCCAGCGUCGCCAAGGGCACCUUCCUCGCGACCAUGUCGCACGAGCUGCGCACGCCCAUGAACGGGGUGAUCGGCAUGCUGAAUCUGCUGCUGGAGACGCCGCUCAGUAUCACCCAGUUGGACUAUGUGGAGACGGCGCAUACCAGUGGGCGCGCGCUGCUGGAGCUUAUUAAUGAUAUCCUCGACCUGUCCAAGAUUGAGGCGAACAAGAUGCCAUUGGAGUCGGUCCCCAUGGACGUGCGCGCGCAGGUGGGCACGGUGCUCACCAUGUUCGUCGAGCGCUUCCCCAUCUCACCAUCCCUUCCCUCCUCCCCCACCCCACCCUCCCCCACUCUCUCCCUCCUCCCCCACCUCCCGUCCCCCUCUGCCCCCGCUUCGCCCCCCCCUCUCCCCGCAGGCGAACAAGAUGCCGCUGGAGAGCGUCCCCAUGGACGUGCGAGCACAGGUGGACACGGUGCUGACCAUGUUCGUGGAGCGCUUCCGCGCCAAGCCGCUGCUCGAGGUGGCCGCGUACAUCGACCCCUGGGUGCCGCCCGCUGUGCUCGGCGACUCCCUGCGCUUCCGCCAGGUGCGCUGCUGGGAUGGGUAGGCUGCAACAGCUGGGACGUGCUUGCAGCCCGGCGCCAGCGGUGGCGCGAGGGAGGGGCGGAGGGGGAGUGCGGGGCGAGUGAGGAGGGCACGGGAGAGGGGCGGCAGGGGGGGAAGGGAAAGGAGGAGUGUGCGGUGAAGGAGUGCGUGAUUGAUGUGGGUGGUGAUGGCACUGCUGCUGCUGCUGCUGGUGCUGGGAGUGGCGAUGGCGAGUCUGCGUUGAGAGGGCCGACCGUGCGACUCGUAAUCAGCGUCGAGGACACGGGCGAGGGUAUUCCCAAGGCGGCGCAGAAGACCAUUCUGAAGCCGUUCACACAGGCGGACGCGAGCACGACGCGCACGCACGGCGGCACGGGCAUCGGCCUCUCCAUCUCGCGGCACCUUGUGGCGCUCAUGGGCGGCAAGCUCGCCUUCUCCUCGCGCCCGGGCGUCGGCACCACCUUCUACUUUGAUAUUCUCGUGCCACUCGUGGUAGACCACACUCAGCAGCAGCAGCCGCUGCAACUGGAACUGCACGGUGCACAGCCCAUGGGUGUUGUGGGCCCCAUGGACGCUUCAACAUCCCCCCGCCUCUCAUCCCCUUUCCCCGCACGCGUCUCAACCUCUCUCAACACCUCUCCACGCCUGCUGCCACCCUCCUCCACCUCACCCGUCACCCCGUCCAGUGCGCGCCACUAUCGCAACCCCUCUCUGCAGCUGCUGCAGGUGCCACGUAAGGAGCUGCAAGGCAUGCAGGCAGCACAGCUGCGUUUGCUACAGUCCACCCCCGUGCACAGACUCACCGCGUCGCCCAUUCACUUGGUGCCCAUGUCCCCGCUGCCUCUCCUGCAGCGUGCCGAGGCUAGCUUGACCCACUUUGACGCUCUUCUGCUUGACGACAAGCCCGUGAGGUUUGGCGUCACGGAGAGCCUGCUCGCUAGGCUCGGUAUUCCGGUUCGGAACGUGCCGUUGCCUCGGGACCUCCAGUCUCUCUUCUCAAGUGCAAGCAGCACCCACGCACCUGUAUCACAGCUGCAGGGUUUGCGGCCGGUGAUAGUGGUGGUGGAAGGGGAGUGGCUGGAGCGACUGAUGCAGGCACGGCAAGCGCGUGAGGAGGGUGGAAGGAGCGCAGAUGAAGAUUCAGGAGGGAGAGAUUCGCCUUGCACGCCCCGUAUGGGGGUGCCUCUGCAACAGCAGCAGCAGCGUGAGAGGAGAGAGGGCGAGGGCGGCAGCAGCAGAGGAGUGCUGUCAUGGCAGCAGGUGGCGGCGAGACUCAACGGGGCAGACGGGGGCAGGGCGGGGAGCAGAGCAGCGGCGGAGGAAGGAGGGGCGCCAUUCCACGGGAAGGUGUGCAAGCCGGUCCGCUUCUCUGCGCUCUCCGCUUGCCUCUCCCAACUGCUGCUGGGUGCUGCGGCCAACCAGGACAGUGGCAACGGGGAGGAGGAGGGGGAAGAGGGGGACGAGGGCGAAGACGAGGAGGGUACGGGGUUUGCGGUGACCCGGCAAGGGGUUAAAGGUGGGAGUUGUAGCAGUGCUGGUGAUGAUGGUGAUGGUGAUAGUGCUGGAAGAAGCACGGAGCAGCAGAGGUCUAAGAGUAGCCCGCACGGGGAGCAGGGCAGGAAGGCGGAAGCAGGGAGUGAAGGAGGUGCGAUUGGGUUGAGUGGCAAGCAGGCAGCGGGAGGCAGUGCGGUGGGCAGGGGCAGUGUGGCGGUGAAGAAGGGGAAGCAAAGCAAGACGGCGCAGCUGCUGUGUGAGAAGCUGGGCGGACGACGCAUCCUGGUGGUGGACGACAACAUGGUGAACCGCAAGGUGAUGUCCAAGAUGCUAGAGCGCUACGAUGUGCAUGUGGAGGCUGUGGAUGGCGGCGCCAAGGCCAUCGCUGCCGUCGCUCGCACCGAUGCCGCCGCGACUCCGUACGACUGUGUCUUUAUGGACUUGCAGAUGCCGGGAAUGGACGGGCUUGAGGCCACAGGGCUCAUUCGCAAGUACGAAGUAGAGCAGCAAGCCAAGGCAGCUGCUUCACAGGAGGAUGCAGCAGCCGCAGGUGCAAAGCGGCGGCUGCUGGUGAUCGCACUGACUGCAGAUGUGGGUGCAGGGACCAAGGAGAAGUGUGUUGGUGCAGGAAUGGAUGGGUACAUGACAAAGCCAAUUGAGGAAGACCAGCUGUCGCGUACGCUAUUGCCAUUCUUUGAUGCUUUGCAAUAA